CGGCUCAAUCACGACAUUUAUUCGGCGUCCACUAUGCAUCAUCUCAACACUCUCGCUGUACGGACGUCCAAACACAGUCGAGCUUACUGUAAACACCGUGAACGCGCCGUCCACGAUUCUCCCAGCAAAUAACAUGGGUUAAGAAGAGGAUGUCUGGAUAAUUCAUUUCAACUCUUUGCAAGGAUGGGGACUCGGAUACUGUUUUCUGGCAGAUGCAUUUUGAAGAGAGAAAUCAAAGAAGGGUUUUAAUAUACACCUUCCACUCUUUCGUUUCCCUUUCCUUCUUUUCUUUUUUUGAGAGAUGAUCGCAGAGUUGGUGUGCAGCGCCGUGGCACUGCUCCUGUAUGUCAACACACUGGACGCCGAUUUCUGCUACGAUGACAGCCGAGCAAUCAAGACCAACCAGGACCUUUUCCCCGAAACACCUUGGAUUAACAUCUUCUACGAUGACUUUUGGGGAACACUUCUCACCCACAGCGGAAGCCACAAGUCCUAUCGCCCACUCUGCACGCUCUCCUUUCGACUCAACUAUGCCCUGGGUGGCUUAGAUCCCUGGGGUUACCAUCUGGUUAAUGUGGUUCUACACUGCACGGCGACUGCCCUGUUCUCUAGCCUCUCAAGCCUGCUGUUGGGGUCGGGUUGCUGGAGCCUGCUGGCUGGGCUUCUCUUUGCUGCUCACCCCAUCCACACCGAGGCUGUAGCGGGCAUUGUGGGUCGGGCAGACGUGGGAGCCGCUCUCUUCUAUCUUCUGGCCCUGCGCUGCUACAUUCGCCACUGUACCUUGAGGACAAGCAGUGCCCAUGGAUGGAGCUGGAUGUGGUUUUUGGGUACCUUGGGGUGUGCUUCAUGUAGCAUGCUGUGGAAGGAACAAGGUGUGACGGUGCUGGCUGUUGCUGCCAUCUAUGAUGUGUUUGUCUUCCAUAAGCUGAAGCUGCAACAGGUUCCUGCUCUCUUCCAGAAGAAGAAGAACCUGCGCCUUCUCCUGAGUGUGUUUCUCCUGGGCCUCUGGGGUGUCAUCCUUCUAGCCUGCCGUCUUUACUGGAUGGGCAACAAACCUCCAAACUUCUCGAACUCAGACAACCCUGCAGCCGACUGUCCCUGUUUCCUCACCAGAACCCUAACCUUCCUAUUCCUGCCUGCUAUUAAUGUCUGGCUCCUCCUCUGUCCUGACAUGCUGAGUUUUGAUUGGUCGAUGGACGCCCUGCCUCUCCUGAGGAGCAUUGCCGAUUGGCGAAACCUCCACACCGUUGCCUUUUACACCUCACUUCUAUCUCUGGCCUGGUUUGGACUUCACCUUUACCCAACAAAAAGCAAAGAAACCAAUGGUAAAGCCCAUCAUGUAGCAAAUGGAAAGUCCACAAAUGGACACAGCUGUAGCACCGAUUAUGACAACUCAACUUUUUACUCAAACUCGGUGCAGAUGAAUGGAACAAACGGGACUGUAAAGCACUAUUCAUCAUCUUUACCCACCACUGAGAGUUUAGUGGUCUUUUCAUUGGGUUUAUUAGCAGUUCCAUUCAUCCCAGCCACCAAUCUGUUCUUCUAUGUUGGUUUUGUUGUCGCCGAGCGAGUGCUGUACAUCCCUAGUAUGGGCUACUGUCUGCUGGUGGCUUUAGGAAUGAGGUGUUUAUAUGUCCGAUUGAGGAGAAAGUCCUCCAGAACGUUGGUGUUGGGCUGCUCUGCUGCGCUGGUUCUUCUCUUUGGGAUUAAGACGGUGUUGAGGAACCGAGACUGGCAGAAUGAGGAGAUGCUAUACAAGUCAGGGAUAUCUGUGAACCCUGCCAAAGCCUGGGGAAACUUGGGAAAUGUCCUGAAGAACCAGGGGAAGGUGGAAGAGGCUGAGCAAGCCUACAGAAAUGCUCUGUACUACCGGAGGAACAUGGCCGACAUGUUGUAUAACCUGGGUCUGUUGCUCCAGGAGAACAGCAGGUUUUCAGAGGCCCUUCACUACUAUAAGCUGGCCAUUGGGAGCAGGCCAACGCUGGCUUCCGCCUACUUGAACACAGGGAUUGUCCUGAUGAACCAGGGCCGUCUUGAGGAAGCCAAGCGCACUUUUGUGACUUGUGCUGAGAUCUCAGAUGAAAACCUGAAGGAUCCGCAUGCACACAAAAGCUCGGUCACAAGCUGCCUCUAUAACCUAGGGAAGCUGCUUCAUGAACAGGGCAAUCAGGAGGAGGCCAUAUCUGUUUAUAAAGAAGCAAUACAGAAGAUGCCCAGGCAGUUUGCCCCGCAGAGCCUUUAUAAUAUGAUGGGAGAGGCCUUCAUGAGGCUGAACAAACUCACCGAGGCAGAACACUGGUAUAAAGAGUCCCUGCGAGCCAAACCUGACCAUAUACCAGCACACCUCACAUACGGCAAGCUCCUGGCUAUGACGGGUCAAAAAACGGAAGCAGAGAAGUUCUUUCUCAAGGCGAUUGAGCUGGACCCUACUAAAGGAAACUGCUACAUGCAUUAUGGUCAGUUUUUGCUGGAGGAGUCGCGGCUUUUGGAGGCCGCUGAAAUGGCAGAGAAAGCCGCCCAGCUGGACACUGAAGAAUUUGAUGUGGUUUUCAGUGCAGCUCACAUGCUCAGGCAAGCCAGUCUCAAUGAUGCCGCUGAGAAAUACUACAGACAAGCUGCCAGCCUGAGACCCAAUUAUCCUGCAGCUCUCAUGAAUCUCGGAGCGAUUCUGCAUCUCAACGGUAAACUUCAGGAAGCAGAAGCCAAUUACCUGCGAGCCCUGCAGCUGAAGCCAGAUGACACCAUCACUCAGUCCAACCUGCGGAAGCUCUGGAACAUCAUGGAAAAACAGGGCUUGAGGACCAUGGCACCUUAACUUGGACACGUUUGAUUACUCCUUCACCUUUGCUGAGGUUGUAACAGAGAUGUUCUCUUUGAGCUCUCACUAGUGAGGUAAUCGACAUCCUAGGGCUGACAAAGAACUUUUUCAAAACCUGGGUUACCUCAUGUGACACUUAAAUGUCUGGUAAAACGGAACAUUCUGGAACAGUCUAGACCUGCGGCGCUCCCCAGACAUGCCGGGAGUCUUUAACUUGAAGUGGCCCAUAGAUACAUACUUGAAGUCUCACGCUAAAUUAGAUGGCAAUUAGUUAGUCGACUCUUAAUAGUCUUGAAGGGCAAUAUUUGUCCUGAGGCUGAAUGAAACUGAGAAGGAACGAGUGCUACAACCCCCAUGAGGCUAUACUCUGCAUGUACAGUACAUUUCCAUGUCAUUUCUCCAUUCUUAUGAUUGGAAUCAUUAAUAUUUAAUGAACACAUCAUGGCGGAAACAUGUGGAUGCGUAAAAAAAAGCGUACAGUCUGAAUAUCACAAAAAAAUAAGAUAAGGCCAAACAUGUUCUCAUGAAAUCAUUCUCACUGCGAAAAAAAUAAUUAUUAUAUAUAUCCAUCGUGUCAAAAUGAUUGAUUUGUGAGGUUGUUAAUGUAAUGACACUGUAUAUAUGAGCACGGAUGAUUUGUGAAGUUUGGUUUUUGUGAUCUGGUAUUUAGUUUGGACAUUGGGAGCCUGUCGAUGUUUCGUCAAUCCAUACAUGCCAUACCCACAACACUCGAUAACAUGUGGGAUCAACAGAUUGAAUCCAUAUUAAUGCCAAAAAUGACAGGAAAGGAACACUCGAUAAGCUAUGUAGCCUGAAGGAAAUCUUAGUGAAUUGAACUUGCAAGCUUUCUUUGCCUUACUUUGCAAACUUUUAUUUUUGUUUGGAUUUGUUUUUUAACUAAAAUGAAACGGGCAUGAGAAUUUCAGCGGACUGUUUUUUUACCGUUUCACUACCAUCCAACAGUUUGGGGUGAGUAUUUUUUAAAGGGGUCAUAGUCUCUAUAUUCAAAAGACAUUUUCACAUAUCAAAUAUACUGUAUAAAAUAUGACAAAUAUGCCCCUGACUGUUUACAUUUACAGAGACAAACAAUAUUUGGACAUUUUUAACCGCUUAAUCUUUUCGGUGCACACAUUAUGUCUGUGCGCUGUGUGACAAGACUUUAACAGCAACACACAAAACAUCUGCAUUGGUUUUAGAGUAACUGAGGCAUGAACUGUAAAGGCUCCACCCUCUUCUGGAAAGUAGGUGUGGAGCAGCAUCUCAUUUGCAUUUAAAGUGAGACUUGUGAAAACGAGGGACAAAUUCCAAAAAUUGUCAUACUGUGCACUAACAUUAUGGUGUAAGUGUACAAUGUGUUGUUAUUAGAUGAUAAUUUAUAGCAGCAUUCAUGGGAAACCUGUAAGUAAAACCGCAUUUUGCAAAUGAGCAAUUUCACACUCGCAGUAAAUGAGCAAUAUCACACUCGUCGGCGCUAGUGGGAGGCUGGUGUCCCACCAGUGACAAUAUACAUCCACAUUUCGCUGCUACGAGUGUGAUAUUGCAUUUAUACAACUGAUUAUAUAAUAAUGUAUAUUAAAAAAAAAUCUAACACGAAUAGUCUCAAAACCCUUUUGUAUGAGGAACUACUUUCUUCCGCCACUCAUUCACAUCUGCAGCUGACGUCAGAACAGCAGAAACCAUUGCUACUUCACCAACGUGACUUUAGAGCUACUUUUUAAAUGAUUAUCUACCGUAAUGUCUAAAGUGAUGGCAAAACAGGUGAUUUUGCUGACAUUUAAAGAUUAUAAGACUGAUUGGCAUUAAAAAUGCCAUCAAUCUACAGAGAUUUCCCAGUAUUUCUCUUUUGCAAUCGCGAUAUCACAAUAAUUAACCCUAAUAAAGCUAAAGCAGCGCAAACACUAUCUGAUUACUGUUGUGUUUGCGAUUUGGAAAAAUGCGUAAUUCUUCUUUCUGUUUACUGAACAGUCUGCAGUAACAAAAAAAAACAUGGAGACUCAUUAGAAAUAGAUGGCCGACCAAAAAGUAACUCAGGAUUAAACAGAGUGGCCAACAAAAAAUACAUACAUUCCUAAUAUGCGAGUCCCAUCUCACACUCAAAACACUACAAUUAUAUAGAAUAUACACAGCACUGCAACAUACAAAAGAGAGAGAUUGACUUAGAAAGUCACUUACUAGUUUUAUAAUGAUUUGAUCAGCUGUAGUUUAAAAUUACGCUGGGGUUUUCCUCCUCAAAGGGCUUAUUAUGCGGUCUCUGUCGCCAUUUUGUGGAUGUUGCUGUAUCUCCGAAAUUAUGAAUAUUUAAAAUAGGCACUAUCAUUAUAAAUAAACUGCAUAGUUGUAAUCUGAACAACUAUAUUCAUGCCUAAAAAAACCUCUAAAGUACAUUAUGUUGUCCAACAGCUGCAAUAUUUGUCAGACUGUAGUGAGUUUAUUGAUCUGCUGUUUCUCUAUGUGGGCGGAUUAAUACAGAAGGGUGAGGAGGCUGUAGGAGUUCUGAUAUUGCAGAAUAUCGCACGGCUAUCAGCCAAUCAGAUUCAAGAACCAGACAGAACUGUUGUUAAAAAUAUAAAUACAGUGCUGCGCAUAAAUAAGUACACCCCCUUUUGAAAAUGAAUAUUGUUAUCCAUUUCUCAGUAGAUAUUUUGGUUCAUUUUAACAAAACAGAUUUAUUGAACAGUUAUAUUCCUUUAAAAUAGUUUGGUCACCUAACAUCUUUAGAAAUAUAAAUAUAAUACAUUUAAGUUUAAACAAAAUAUUUAAAAAUAAAAUAAACACUACAACAUUUCAACUAAGUUUUAUUUAUUUUUGUUUUUCUUUAUUUCUUUAUUUUUUCUCUUUUAAAAAGAAAUUCUUUCAUAUUUUUUUCCAAACAUAAAGCUGGCUAGUUAUUUUGAUUAGCUCCAGAGUUGGCUUCAGUAAUGACUAAUCUAAUGUAAAUACACAAAUAUAUCAUUAUAAAGCAUUCUAGAAAACAGUUAUUUAAAAUAGAAAUUUGUGAGGGAUGUGCGCAUAUACACUAAAUAAUGCUGGGUUCAUGUUAAGUUAACUUUAUUGUCUUUACAAAUUUAAGAAGAGAUUAAAGUAAGAUAGAACAUGAAAUAAUUAUGUUGUCCCCAACAAGCUCAAGAAUUGUGUUGAUUCAGCUCCUUUUAAAUAGUGUAUGCUUAACACUGCUUAAAAUACUUCUGUUUAGCAAACACACAUUAAAUUGAUCAAAAAAGUAUCAGUAAAGAGGCUUGACAUCACAAGAAUAAAUUACAUUUGAAUAUAUAAUCAAAUGCUUUCAAAUUGUAAUUGGUAAACAGUAUUACUCUUUGUUUUUUUCACUCUGAUUUUGACAAAGUCCCUUUAAGGCAAGUCAUUUCACUCAAUGGCCAUCUUUGAAACGCCUCUCGGGCAGUAUUCUCAGGCAUUCAGUUUGAAUGAGGAAACAUCAAAUUCUCCAAAAUUGCUUGCCAAGUUUACGAUUAAAUUUCAGAUUAGGAAUCACCAUUAAAAUUAAACAGCAACUGUCUCUUUAGUUUAAUUUCUAAGCAUUCGAAUCACACAAAAUCUGCAGAAACUCAUGUCUGGUCUGAGCCCUCCCCCCAGGGAAUCGUCAGACUACAGCAGUCACUGAUUGGCUCCUGCACUAGAAGGCGGGGCUUCAUUCCCCAAAUUGACUGUUACAUUUUUCCACAUCCAAAACUAUACGAGUGACAUGUCUUGUGUAUUCUAGAGUCUUUGGUUUUAAUCAAUGAAAUGUCUUUGUGAGCAUAAGAGACUUCUUUCAAAAGCAUUCAAAUAUCCCAAACAUUUGAAUGGUGGUGUUUAUUAUAUCUGAACGUAUAUAGGCAUAAACCCAAUAGUAAUGUCUUUUUUUUGACAGAACUGGUUCAACAAACCGUAAACGCAAAGCUUUGACCGGUAACUCCUAACCAAAUACAAAUCCUUUCACUUGUUGCACUCAUCUAACAAUAUACAGCCAUAGAUUUGUAAGGGAUUGUUUAUAAUUAAUGUUGGUUUAAUAUUCUUUUCUUUUAUGUUUAAGUGUACAAAUGGAACCUAAUAUAUAAAAUGACACAUUUUACAGUUUGAUGUUUUCACUCAAACUUUAAAAAUCACAAUAUGUCAAGUAUUUGGUUAGUUCGGUCAGCAUUUUUUGGUCUCAUGUUUGUCUUUGUUGCAUUUUUGCUCCAGCUUUGUGUAUGUAUUUAAUUAGAAUAAUUGAAUAUUAUUUGGUGAUCACACCAGUUUUUUAUGAAGGAUUUUUCUGAUGGCUUCUCAUUCACAUUGUUCUGAACCAAAAAUGAAAUUCUGUAUUUGUUUUCUCACCCGAAAGCUCAUAUUACUUACUUCUGUUGAAGAAAUUUAGAUGGAUCAUUUUCAUUCUGUUGCAGUGGUGCUAUUUUUUCACAUUUACUGAAGCUAUACGAUUAUAAAGCUGUACUUUUAUGUUGCUGCUUUUGCAAUUCGCAAGUCCCCCUCCAUUAAUAUCAUAAAAUCAUUAAAGUAAGGAAUGACAUGAGAGUAAAUAAAUAACAGAAUUUUUAUUUUUGGUAGUACUGUCCCUUUAAAAGUCUAGCAAAUGUCAUGUCGGAGGUCUGAGUCAGUAUUAACUUAUUCCCUUUUAUGUUGUCUUGAUUGAAAAAGAAAACAGCUGGCUCUGUUAUAUGUCAAAAAAAGUGUUUAAAUAUUUCUGAUUCAAGGUGCCCUUUUUUAAAACAUUCUGAGCUUAACUAAUUCAUCCAUUGUUUCAUUGAGACGUGUGUAAUGGGAUCAUUUGAAAGGGAAUAAACCCAGAAUUUGUCAUGCAUUCGUCUUCACGGUUUCUCACAUCAAUGUGUUUCUUCACAUUUCUGUUUCUGUGUCUUCUCUUUCCCUCACAGCUUUUUAUUCUCCAGAAUACAAGAUAGUCAGAUACAUUAUCAGAUAUUGUAUUUAGAAGAUUUAGUUUACAUUUUAUUAGAAGUUUAAUAAAAAAAUUAUAUAUAGUUCAGCCAAAAGUUAAAACACUGUAGUUAUUUAUUCACCCUCAUUUCAUUCCAAAGCUGGAUGACUGUUUUUUCUUCAGUAGAAGAGCAAAUAAUACAUUUAAAAAUGUUUUGGGACAGCAUGAGAGUGAGUAAAGAAUAAAAACACUGUUAAUUUGGGGUGAACUAUUCCUUUAAAGUGCCUCUAUUAUGCUUUGUGUAGUGUAUGAUAUAGAUUGUAAAAGAGCAAAAUUUGCAAAAAUGCAUGAUUAGUUACAACGAGUUACUGUUUCCCAAAUGAAACAUCAGCCCAAGAAAAACAUCUGUUUUGACCCCCAAAUGCUGUUGUUUUAGAAGAGUUUGAUUUGUGCUGUUGAUAACUUGAGAAUACACUGGGUUCCAUUCACUAUUUGCAAUUAUUUGUAUUUGUAUGCACAUUUAGCUUAGUUUAGUUAUAGGAACUAAACCCCAGACUGUUAUCAUGUGCCCUAAAGUGGUUUUGUACCAUGUAGUUAUAAGAACUAGCCAUCAGGCUGGUCCAUGCUGAACUGAAGGUGUUUGUUUGUUUGUUUGUUUGUUUGUUUGUUUGUUUGUUUGUUUGUUUGUUUGUUUGUUUGUUUGUUUGUUUGGUUGGUUUAGUUUUUUUUUUUUUUUUUUUUGCAGUGGGUAGCUCUAGGAGCUUAGUUAUAAAACUGGCUAGCAGAACUUAAAACUACUCAACAGGCUGGUCCAUGCAGAACUAAAGGGGCUUUCGCAACAGAUAGCUCUAGGAACUUAGUUAACCCUGGGUAGCUAUAGGAAUUAGUUAUAAGAACUAGCCACCAGACUGGUCCACCCAGAACUAAAAGGGCUUUCAUAAAAGAUAGCUCUAGGAACUUAGUUAUAGGAACUAACCAACAGGCUUAUCCAAGCAGAACUAAAGGGGUCCUCACAGCGGGUAGCUAUAAAAACUUAGUUAUGGGAACUAGCCGCCAGACUGGUUUACCCAGAACUAAAGGGGCUUUUGCAACAGAUAUCUAUAGGAACUAAGUUAUAGGAAUAAUCCAGGGCACUCCCUCAAAGACUACUGGAGAACUAGGCAUCUAUAGGAUGUUGUUUUAUGAAACUGGCUAACUGUUUAAGUCCCUUGACAGCUAAAGGUGCUUUGUAGCAGGUACAGUAGCUAUAGGAACUAAUUUAUGUGUUUAGAAUUAGAGUUUAGAAUUAGGCUAGUCCCCCAAGAACUAAAGAGGCAUUUGCACUGGGUAGCUACAGUAUAGGAACUUUGUAAUAGGAAAAACCACCGGGCCAGUCCUACAAGGACUACAGACGCUUUCACACAAGGUGUCUAUAGGAACUUGUUUUUAGAAACUUGUUUUUAGAAAAGUCCCCUGAGAACUAAAGGGACUUUUGUGCCAUGUAUCCAUGUGAAUUUAGUUACAAGAGCUAGCCACCAGGCUAUUCCUUGGGGAUUAAAAGGGUUUUCACACCAAAUAGUUAUAGGAACUCAGCAUUAGGACCAAGCCACCAAACUAGUCCCUAAAAACUAAAAGUCCUCCUUAGACUAUUUUACUGGUUCCAUCUUGUUGGUCUGCAUGUUUUGUAACUAAGGCCCAGUGUUUUCUGUGUUGCAAUAGCAAAUCCACUUUGCAUGCACUCCCAUUGGCGGUUCAAAUUGAUACAGUAAAACAGAUGUUAUCGUCUCUGCUUACAGUAUAUCAAUGUUUUUAAAAGUACAGUAGAAGCCUCUGGAACUAAAAUUGAGAUAUGGUAUUGGGCUUGACACAAAUCAGUAAUAACAGACAGAGCCAUCUGACAAAUCAGAGCAAAGCAUUUACAAAAUGAUACAUCUGUCACAUAGCAAAAUAGGGGCAUUUUAAUACAUAAUACUAUAUUUGCAUUGUGAUUGCAGUAGAGUAAAAUUUAAUUACAACUCUUUACAUGUCGUCAAAGGUUGUGAAAUCCCCAUAGCACAUUACCAUAGUAAAAUGCGUACUUUUAUUCAGUUGUAACGUGAUUGUCUUGUCUGACAUCUACAGUGUAAGAUAUCCGAGUAGUUUCUAGUGGUCUUGGUUGUGACUGCAUCAAACUGUUCUGUUUUUAGCUGUAGCCAGUGUGUCAGUUUUACAUCGAUCGAGACUCCUGCACCCGUACGAGUGAGUGUGUUCAUGUCUUUCCUCAGGGAUUUCGAGUGCUGGUGUUAUCGAAGUUGGUGCUCUCAGAGCGGAGAAAGAGUUUACUUUAAAGAAAAAAAAAGAGUUUUAUUUUUUGGAACGGUGUUGCAUUUGUAUAAAUGAUCAAGAUUUGUAGCCUUUCUUUCUUAUGUUUUUUGUAUAAAGACUGACGUAUGUGCCAGAUAAGACUUUUUUCCCAAUGUCACCUUUUUCUCCAUAAUAAAGUUCCAGGUGUUUGGCUCUCUU